UGUGGAAAACAGACUCGUUUGCUGCGAGGAAAGUUUACUAAAAAGCGAAACAACAGAGACCAAAAUGUUUGCCCGUAUCGCCAAUACCACUCGUUCCAGCGUGAACAAUCUGGUCCGAUACUCCCAUUCGCAUGGUGGUAUUCCCGGAGAGAACCUGCCGUUCAGCCUGACCAACCGGUACAAGCUAACCGCCAUGUUUAUCGUGUUCUUCGGAUCUGGUCUGGGAGCGCCGUUCUUCAUCCUCAGACAUCAGCUGUUGAAGAAGUAAAUCCCCCGCUUCGUUUGCCGGAACCAGCAUAGUUAUGUACUGGAUAUCCGGAGUUUCCUGUGCUAGUGAGUUGCAAAACAAACGCUAUGUCCGACGGAUGAAACAACAAUAAAAUCAUCCAAGUUUGGUGCGCUAAACCUUCCACUGUUGUAUAUUAUUCCCAACCUUUAUCGCAGAUCCACCCCACUGGCUU